AAGUCUCCACCGUGGCUCGGGGGCAUGCCCAAUAACGAAAUGUGGCAUGCCGUCUCUGACAGUUUCGACUACAGCAAUGCCUCCUAACAUCCGCGUAAUCAUCUCCGCUGGCGCAUGGCGCCAUCCCGCCCGCGCUGCUAGAGGCCUAUGGCUUCUUUAUAACCUCAACGGCCCCGGCAAGGCCUCCGCUCACCUUCAGCCCACUCUGGCCAUUUGCACUCCAGUCCUUUCUCUUUACAGCCCUCUUUCUUUCUUCGCGUCCAAGCCCUGGAAUUGGCUGGCCGCAUUCCCUCUGUGAGGACUUACUGUAACUCUUGCUUUAUUCUCUGUCAUACGUCUGCUGGUCAGCGUCUUUACAGUCAUCAUGCAUUCCUUCUACCUUGUUCUCCUUGUCGCUCUUUUGGCCACGGCUGCUCUGUCUGCCCCGGCGCCUACCCGGGCUACCCAGUCCUUGAAGCCUCGCUCCUUCAAGGUCCCCAGGACGCUGAACCCGAAGAUUAAGAAGAGGGAUGGUUCUGUUGCCAUGCGCAAGGCCAUGCGCAAGUUUGGCUUCCAAAGCUCGCGCAUGAGGGGCGGCGCCGUCGUCGCCGCUACCACCAAGAACGGAACUGAGGAGGGUGAGGUCAAGGCCAACCCCGAGGAGAACGAGGCUCUGUUCUUGUCCCCGGUGAAGAUUGGAGGACAGACCUUGAACCUUGACUUUGACACUGGUUCUUCCGACCUCUGGGUGUUCAGCACUGAGCUUUCUCAGCGGAGCAUUGGCAAGCACACUGCCUUCGACCCCAAGAAAAGCCAGACCUUCAAGAAGAUGGACGGCGCCAGCUUCCUCAUCAGCUACGGUGAUGGCAGCGGAGCCGCUGGUGAUGUCGGUACUGACACGGUCGACAUUGGUGGUGCAACUGCUACCUCGCAGGCCAUCGAGCUUGCCACAGCCGUCGCCCAGUCGUUCGUUGAGGACACGAACACUGACGGUCUCGUUGGCCUGGCCUUCAGCAAGAUCAACACGGUGGAGCCCCAGAAGCAGAAGACUUUCUUCGACAACAUCAUGCCCGACCUUGACGAGCCUGUUUUCACCGCCGACCUGACCAACGACACGUCGGGCACGUACGAGUUCGGCAAGAUCGACCAGUCCAAGUUCAAGGGCGAGCUCACCUACACCAAGGUUGACUCGUCGCAAGGCUUCUGGCAAUUCGACUCCAAGAGCUUCCAGAUCAACGGCAAGACGAUCCAGAACCCCAACGCCUCUCCCGCCAUUGCCGACACGGGUACUUCCCUCCUGCUCGUCGACGACAAGGUGGCCACCAGCUACUACGACCAGGUCGAGGGUGCGCAGAACAGCGACCUGGCCGGCGGCUUUGUUUACCCGUGCAGCUCCAAGCUGCCCGAUAUCGGUGUCGCGAUUGGCGAUGGCUACACUGCCACGAUCCCCGGCGACCAGGUUACCUUCACCGAGGUCGACGAGGCCGGCAUGAUGUGCUUCGGUGGUGUGCAGAGCAACCAGGGCUCCGACUUGCAGAUCUUCGGUGACACCAUGUUCAAGGCGCAGUUUGUCGUCUUCAACGGUGGCAACCAGAGCAUUGGCAUGGCGCCGAAGAACUGAGAGGCAAACCAGGAGAGGGGGGUAACUUGUAACUAGAGAUCUACAAAAUAUUCUACGUGGUACAUACAAUAGUAGCAAUGCAUGACUUGCAC